AUGUCGAGACGCAAGCAGGCGAAACCCCAGCACAUCAACUCUUCUGAGGAGCCGCAGCAGCUUCAAGAUGCGGCAGCCUGCGCUUCGGUCGCCGCUGCUUCCUCAGCCACGACCCCCGCUGCCGCCGCAGCAGAGCACGUUUAUCUGGACCUGGGGUCGGCCGGGUUUAUCCCUCGGGGGAUACGAACUGUUGCGCACGCGACCUACUCUGGGCUCGUCGCCCACCACCACCCAGAUAUUGCCCUGAAGCGAUUGUACGACCAUGCCAGGUUGUCUGGUUUAUGUGGUCCACCAAAUUGCCCUGGAGAUGGAGAUGGAAUAAGAGGAAGAAUUAAACGAUGUAGAACUGAGGAAACUAAUAUCUGUGAGAAAUGCUGUGCAGAGUUCUUCAGCCUUUCCGAAUUCUUGGAACAUAAGAAAAAUUGCACUAAAAAUCCACCCGUCUUAAUCAUGAAUGACAAUGAGGGGACAGCACCUCCUGAGGUCUUUGCAGAAAUUACCCCAGCCCCAUCAGAAAAUUUUCCAGCUCAUCAUUUGGAAAGUCAGAGCAGUAAGGACAGUCGUUCAAAAAAUUGCACUGGUUCUGUGGACAAGAAAGAGAAGUCUGGUGGGGAGACAGGAACCUAUCUCAAAACAGAACCCACUGUCCCUCCUACACCCCACGGGAUAAGCUACUUACCAAAAGGCAAAGUUCCUAACACUAAUGUGACUUUACAAACACUACGGGGGACCAAAGUAGCUGUGAAUCAGAGGAGUGCUGAUUCUAUGUCUUUACCAGUCCAGGGCUUUAACACCUUUCCUAUGAUCCUGGAACAGCUAAUGAGUCUCCAGCAACAACAGCUUCAGCAAAUCCAGCUCACAGAGCAGAUCCGUGUGCAGAUGACCAUGAUGGCCACCAGUGGCCACCCAUCAGUGUCUCAUGGAUCUGAACCUCUGAAAACACUGGGUACUCAUAUGUCCCAGCAUCUCUCUACUGCUUUGGCUUUAGUUGGACAGAAGGCUGGAAGCCAGAGCCUGUCACUGGAAUCCAUAAAACAAGGCAAACUACCUCAUGCCAAUAUAGGCAUCCCAACUGCUGGUUCAGUAGCCUCUGGGAUGCCAUCUUUCUCUUUAAAGCCUGAUGCAAACAGAAUCCUUCCUAAUGCGAUGUCUCGUCUUCCAAAUCCUUUACUACCUCAGUCAUCAGGUUCCGUUCUUUUCCAGAACCCAUUCCCUCCAGUAUCUUCAGUGUCUUCUGUGCUGGACCCAUCCAAAAAAGGGAAGGGGAAACCUCCCAACAUCACUGUUUCUGAGAGUAAACCAAAUGCUGAGGAGCCCUUCUUCAAGCACAAAUGCAAGUUCUGUGGCAAAGUGUUUGGAAAUGACAGUGCCUUGCAAAUUCAUCUCCGUUCCCAUACUGGGGAGAGACCAUAUAAAUGCAAUAUCUGUGGCAAUCGCUUUACCACUAAGGGGAAUUUGAAGGUUCACUUCCAGCGCCAUAAGGAUAAAUAUCCCCAGAUAAAAAUGAAUCCCCAUCCAGUCCCUGAAAACCUGGAUAACCUGACAAGUGCCGGUGGGAUGUCAUGUGGAAUAACUGCCAUACCCUUAGAUGAAUCAAAUCUGAUUAUGGACAGUAAACCUCCCCUGACCACUGGAGCCCCUUCCCUAGGUUUACCUCAAAGUCUCUCUUCUCUGACCCCCAAAGACUCACUUAGUGGUGCUUUCCCCAAUGAUCUACCAUCGAGGCCUUCCCCAGAGAGUGAAGGGGGUUCCACAUCUUCAGGUUUGGCCAGUCAUGAAUCUGGGACAGAGCAGAGCUUGAGUUCCCCACAGGCUGGUAGUAGUAGCCUUGGUGGUUUUCCAGGCGGUGGGGCCACUGAGCAGGGGUCAGAGACUUUAAAGCUUCAACAACUGGUAGAAAACAUCGAUAAGGCUACCAGUGACCCCAAUGAAUGUAUCAUCUGUCAUCGCGUUCUAAGCUGUACAAGCUCAUUGAAAAUGCAUUAUCGCACUCAUACUGGGGAGAGACCUUUCAAAUGCAAGAUCUGUGGAAGGGCCUUCUCUACAAAAGGCAAUCUUAAGACUCAUUAUGGAGUUCACCGAGCCAACACUCCUUUAAAAAUGCAGCAUUCUUGCCCCAUUUGCCAAAAGAAAUUUACCAAUGCAGUUGUGUUGCAGCAGCAUAUCCGAAUGCACAUGGGUGGCCAGAUUCCUAACACCCCUAUGCCUGAGAAUUCCUGUGACCAUGUUGAUAUGGAUCCAGCUGUUAUUGGUGAGAAAAAUGGAGAUGCCAUUGCCAAUUGCAUUGAUGAGACCAUUGAAAGCAUUGUUGAUAUGGAAGAUUUAGAUUCCCAAGAUGUUCCUAGUGGCUCAUCUAAGCCAUCUACUCCAUUUACUGAAGCUCAGCCAGAAACGCCAGCUGUGGCAUUUACCAGUGUAUCAGAGCCUCCAGGGAAAACGGGCAAUCCCCCUCUGAGCCUGCAAAGGCAAAGUAGCUUGAAGUCUAGUUCUGCUGAAAGCGAUGGCAUGACCAACGACUCCUCAUCUGUCAUGGGAGAUCACGAUUAUCAAAAUGGCCGCAGUCCAGAGUCUGCAUCCUUCCAGGCAUUAUCUCCAACAAAUAGUCAAGCUGAAAGUAUUAGGUCCAAGUCACCUGGCUUAACCAAUCAUGAUGACAUGGGAAAUAAGGCCGAAGGACCCGAAAACCCUCCAGCAGAAACUGAAGGUCGAGGUAACAUUCCUGCUACUUUUGUCAGAAUGCCACCGGCCUUGAUCAAAGCUGAAGCUCCUGGGGAGCGUCCUGUAAGCAAUAACCCAUAUUCUGGACCUCCUGCUUUGUCCCCAGGGGUGACACCUUUGCUGGUGGCCCCACCCCGACGCACUGCCAAGCAGCACAUUUGUACCACCUGUGGGAAGAACUUCUCAUCAGCCAGUGCUCUUCAGAUCCAUGAGCGUACUCAUACUGGUGAAAAACCUUUUGCAUGUACCAUUUGUGGAAGGGCCUUUACAACCAAAGGAAAUUUGAAGGUCCAUGUUGGAACCCAUAUGUGGAAUAACUCUGCCCGACGUGGAAGGAGAUUAUCUAUUGAUAACACCAUAGCAUUGCUGAGUAAUGAUGUCAAGAAGGUAUCUGAGAUGUUUCCAAAGGAUAUAGUUCCUCCUGCGGUGAUGAAUCUUGAUUCCACUGUUUGGAACCAGUAUGCAGCUGUGAUUAACAAUGGCUUAGCAAUGAAGACUAAUGAGAUAUCUGUGAUCCAGAGCAGUCCUAUCCCUGCCCUACCAGUUCCUGUCAGCGGUGGAGGAUCUGUAAUGAAUAACGCCCCAGUCUCCAAGAUAGAUGGGUCACAGUCUGGGAUUAGCCCUGAUGUUAUAGAGAAAACUAGUGCUAAUGACAGUGUUCCAAAACAUCAAUUCCCUCACUUCCUAGAAGAAAACAAGAUUGCAGUCAGCUAAAAAGGAAGCAAAUAGACACUUAUUUUAAAAAAGAGAAAGAUUCCAAACCAACUACCGGGAGUGUUUUGUUUUUGUUUUUCAUGUCUAUGUGCAAAAUGACUGUAGUUGUCUUUAUUCUCUGGGCAGCUCUACAAUCAUCUUGUUGCUUUGCAAAAAAGAAACACAGAAUAGGAAUUCUUCUAUUUGGAAAGAUGCGGGUCUUGCAAAGUAGCUUUGUUAUUUAAACUAUAGUCUUCUCCAGACUAUAGGAAUUGUACAUCCAAAGAUUAGUUUUGCCUCCAUUAAAGGUGCUGCUUAUGAGCUUUGUCAGUGAAGUGAGACUAAAGACAACCCUGAGCAGUAAUGGGGAAAAAAACAACUAUUUACGGGGGCUACUGUUUAUGCGGGUUAAAUUGUA